AUAAAGCACUUUGUGUUCGUCUCAGAUAUUCGUUGUUGUUGCCUUUCGUUUCUUUUUCUUUGUCAAGAAAGGGAAAGAUAGGCACAGUUUUGCUGUAAGACCAAGAUCCAAUUCAGAGCCUUCUUCAUCUUGUUCUUCUUCUUUACCCUAUCAUCGCUUUUCAUUCAACCAGGACAUGGCGGCAGAUGAAGAUAUUGGCAUGUCAGCUUUGGAGUCUCAGUUGAGUCAAUCACCCGAAACAUGGAAGCAGGACAUGGAAAGAAACCAAUCUCAAGUGGAUGUAUUGCAAGCAAAGCUUAUGGACAUAAAGGCUUGCGUACAGGGUUCAGAGGAAGAUGCAAAAAAGGAGUUGGAGGUUCUUUGGCGAAGAGUGAAGACUACUGCUACCUUGUUGACCUACUUAAAAUCAAGAGCAAGAAUCAUGGCUGUUCCUCAUCUAGCCCAAACAUCUUGUGGCAUCAAAAAAUUAGACGGGGUAGGGCUUGUUGACAAAGAUGGGAUUCCAUUAUCGGGUUGGUCUAGGAAUGUUGACCUUUCUUCAUUUGAUGGCCCAGAUGAAGAAUCUUGGAUAGGAAUUAGCCAUCAGCAUGGUGAUGCAGUUUAUAUUGGUGAGAUACUCAAGUCUGUCCAGAUGGUGACAGAUGUGAUGGAAGCCCUAGUCAAAAGGGUGUUAUUGGCAGAAUCAGAAACUACAAUUGAGAAGGAAAAAGUAAGUUUAGGUCGGGAAGAAAUUAUGCGAAAGUCUGCUCAGUUAGAAAACAUGUCUUUGAAAUUAGAGGAGAUGGAGCGUUUUGCAUUGGGUACAAAUAGUAUUUUGAAUGAAAUGCGGCAAAAAGUUGCAGAUUUGGUAGAGGAAACAAGUAGACAAAGACAACGAGCUGCUGAAAAUGAAGAAGAGCUUUGUAGAGUGAAACAGGAAUUUGAGUCUCUAAAGUCAUAUGUUAGUAGUCUAAUCACAGUAAGAGAAACCCUAAUUUCUUCAGAGAAGCAAUUCCAAACACUUGAGAGGCUGUUUGAACGGCUAGUUGGAAAGACUACCCAAUUGGAGGGUGAGAAAAUGCAGAAAGAGGCUGAAGUUCAGAAACUUAUGGAAGAGAAUGUAAGGUUGAAUGCUCUACUUGACAAGAAAGAGGCUCAACUUCUGGCUUUGAAUGAACAAUGUAAGAUGAUGGCCUUGAGCGCUUCAAACAUGUAAAUACCAUUGCACUCUACUCAUUGCUUGCUGACCACUGGAGGCUUCUAGAUAAAGAACUUGAUUGAGAUCAUCUAAUCCAGAAAAAAGGGCUCCAUAAACAUCAUUUAUGACUUCCUUUUAUUUUCUGAUUUCAUUAUGCCUUUUUCAAAAUUGAACGCAGAAAACAAUUUUCCUUAGAAUGUAAACUUGGCGUGCUCUUUCAUGAGAAAAACAAGAUUUGAGGUGUCUCUACACUGUAUAUGGUGGAGACCGAAUCAUCAACCUCACAUAAUAUAUACCCAUUAGAGAGAUCAGCAAACGAUUUCUCUUGUUCUGUACUGGGAAAUUCUUAGGUGCUGUCGCUGCAAAAUUCAACAUGUAUCGUUUCAGCUAUAGCAUUAAAAUGUAGUUUCAGUGAUAGUUAUUGGUGGCUAACAAAAUUGAGAUCAUACAGAUUUAAUUAAAAAAAGUAACAGAUUUCUCUUGUUCGGGUAUUAUUUAAAGAGUUUCUCAUUCUAUUGAAUGUGUACCAUCUUAGUUA